UAUCGAAAACGUUCAUUAAUCUGAGAGCGACCCUCUCUCUAUAUAUACGUGUCCAAUGGCCGAACUGCAUCUUCACUACCCUAACUCACUCCCUAUCUUCUAUUCUUUGUUUCUUGCUUUCCCACUGAUUGCUUGCUAGCUAUCUCCAACCUUAACACACACACCCGAGCAAACUGAUCUCUUCACUCUCAUAACUUGGUUUUGCUGCAAGUUUCUACGGUGACAGUAGCAGUACUGCGCCUGAAUGAGACCACCGCGUCCUGGUGAGCCUCCGCCUGGCUGGGGUCCUCCUGGACCUGGACCUGGACCUCCCGGCCCUCCAGCUCCGUGGCCUGGACCACCGGGCUUUUCGGGUGGCUUGUUCAGUGGAUUAUGCAGCACCAUAUCUUCUUGCUUCUACUGGAUAUGCUGCUGCUGGUUGCUCCAAGACUGCAUUGGUGGUCCACCUGAACCUCCUGCUAGCCCACCACCCCCACCUCCUCCUGUGCCUUUUUGGACACCUCCCCCACCUGGACCACCACCACCACCUCCUCCUGGGCCUGCUUGGACACCUCCCCCACCUGGACCACCUCCUCCUCCUCCUCCUGGGCCUGCUUGGACACCUCCCCCACCUGGACCACCUCCGCCUCCUGGGCCUUUAUGGGCACCUCCUCCUGGGCCUCCUUUACCCCUAAGUAGUCCUCCACCAGGCCCUCCUGGGGGGCCACCUGGACCGCCACCGCCACCACCUUAAUGUUGUAAUUUCACAUAUUAUUGAGAGUAUCCAUCUUUAUCAUUCCAGAUAUUUAUGACGAUUUCUAACAAAGAAAUCUAUUGCGUGUGUUCAAAUAAGUCAUUUCCCACAUAAGUUUCUGGUAGAUCUGUUCUUUGUAUCUGAUCCGUAGUUGAUAUCUUCCGGAUUCUCUUUUUGCUCCGUACGCCUAAAUAAUAACAACACAAUAUAUAACAAAGUAUUGUUGAAA